UCUGAACGUUAGAUUCUUUUGUGCGUGUAAAUAAAAGCUAAUAUCUGAUUCAGACCCAGACUGUGUUUCGAUCUUAAAACUCCGGCAAGCCCAUUUCGAGUUUACGAACAGAUUUGAUCCCCCGAGUGUCAUAAUAUCAUGACGAUCAGAGAGUUACGGUCGGAAGAAUCAGUUGGUGGUACUUGUCUGCUUCUCUCGCUUCCAGAAGAUGUAUUUGCUGCUACCUCUCGUUUUCUAUCUCCAAGCGACAUUUGCAACCUAAGCUUAUGCUGCAAAAGCCUCUGCGACCUUGUGGAUUCAGAGAAGAUAUGGUUUGUGCAAUGUGAGCUCGUAAAGGCUCUUCCUUUAUCCGAAAUAGUCCGGUGGCGAAUCGGGAUCUCUUCUUACAAGGCUCUCUGUCGGUUUCUUGUGGAGGUAGUGAAGCCUCUUGUUGGGGUUUGGGUUCACCAAGAACCUGAGCUUGGGAAUGUUGUGUACGUGAUGCCUGGUUUCUUGUCUGUUGUUGGUUGUCGGAUCAUCCCACAAAAGGUUGGUCCUUUCGGGAUUCAGGAAGGGAGGCUUAUGUGGUCACCGGUGUUUGAGAUCAUCUGUGAUCACGAUGAUGGCUCCACUAAGUUCUUCCUCCAUGGAAGAGGCAGAGAAGGAAGUUGCGUGUACCCUGGUUUAGUUACAGGCAUCGACAAGACUUGCAAUGUGCUCUCACUCGAGGUUGAGCCGAGGCGAGAGAAUAAGCUGUGCAGUGGGGUUCCAUUUCAGAAGCUCGAUGAUAGCGAUAGAAGAAACUUACUUGAACUAGUGACAAGCCAUGUAGGUGUACAUGUAUCUGAACCAUUGAGUGGGAAGUUGUUUCCCACAAGGAGAGAAGAUGAAGGGAUGUUGUUGGAACGUAGAACCAUGCUCCUUAAAAUACACAAGUUUGGUAAGAACUGGAAGCACAUUAACCUGGAGGAAGAUGGGUUGUGUUACAAUCCUACGCAGGUUGACAUAAACGAGAUGGGUGCUUCCCCAUGUGUGAAUCGCCGGAGAUUUCUUAGCGCUGGUGACAUAUUUGGUCUUAGUCUCAAAGCUUCCUACACUGAGAUGUCUUCUUACAAAGGGUGGCCAAGAAUGGAUCUCAACCGCUUUUGCCUGCACAAACUACCAAUCAAGAGUCUUGGAGAUGACCAAGAGUAUGCUGGUUUGUGGGGAGGAACUUUUGGGUGGCCACCUAGGAGAUGUAAUGAAGAUAAAACCGGACAUGCUUUUUAUCUACUGAUGCUCUCUUACGAAGAAUCUAGAAAGAACAAUGGGAAACGUCUUGUUGGGACGAAAAUACUCGAAGGCAAUGACUUUGUGCAGCAUCCCAAUGGAACACCAAUGUUUGUUGUGGAUAUUGACACACCUUCCCUUGAGCCCUUUCCGUUUGAGGCAGAUGGAAGAGACUUUCAGCAUUGUUACAGAGGAAAGGGUAUCUCAAAUGGUUAUGGUUUCCUUUAUCCCGGUUCAAAACCUGGUUCACUUUACGUGAUCUCUGGUGAUCAUCUCGCGUUCGUUUGGAAUGGAACUAAAUAUGUGUUUACUUUGAAAAGACUAGACCUUGACCAGAUCAUGAAGAAAGGUUUGGGUUUAUGGGUGCCUCCUCUACCUCCAGGUAAGAACUUUACUUAUAUGGAAACGUCUUACACAAACGUGUUUACCAACUCAUUAUGAGUCUGUUCCUCUUCCUCCGUGGCAAUCUUGGAAAAUGGAACACUCUGCAGCAGAUAUUCAAAGCUCUCUCCCAUAUCUUGUCUUGUUUUUGAGAUAUAAACUCAUUGUUGAAUGUCUUGUGACAUCAUUUGCCUCUUUACAUUUACACUCACAGGAAAAGAUAUCUCAAAUGUUUCUGAGAUUUCACUUACUUUUUACAUAUUUUAAACAAUACUUUAACAAUACUUGAAUUUGUGUAAUUUUCUCUUUAGUUCAUUCAACAAUACAGUGUUUUAUACUACCUCCUUUCAUUUUAAUUGUUGUUGUAAGAGUAAAAAAUUUUGUGUGUCG